CUAAGAUUUUUCUUCUUUAUCAUCCCCUUCUUUAAGAUAUUUCGAUUCUGCAAAUCAAAAUGCCACAGAAACUUCAAAAAGAAGCGAAAUCCCAGAAAGAUGAGAUGGACUAAAGCAUUCCGUAAAGCAGCUGGCAAAGAACUGACAGUGGAUAAUUCAUUUGAAUUUGAAAAACGUAGGAACGAACCAGUGAAAUACCAGAGAGAGUUGUGGAACAAGACUGUGGAUGCAAUGAAGAGAGUGGAGGAAAUAAAGCAAAAACGCCAAGCCAGAUUUAUUAUGAACAGAUUAAAGAAGAGCAAAGAGUUGCAGGAGGCAGAAGACAUCAAAGAAGUCAAACAGAAUAUCCACCUUCUUCGUGCUCCCCAUGCAGGUACACCAAAACAGCUGGAGGACAAAAUGGUGCAGAAACUACAAGAGGAUGUGCCUAUGGAAGAAGACUCUUAAAGUGCUUUUAUUUGCUUUUUACGUCUCUUCAGCAGUUAACAAUUCCUUACUGCCUCACCUGACAUCAUUUAGAAUUGUGCUUGCAGUUGAAGAAAAGUACAUUUUAAUGAAUAGACCAUUUACAAUUUGAAUUUUUUUUAAUGUAAAAUAACAGGAUGGAUGCUAGUUUGGGCAGUACUUAAAAUUGUGCAAUUUGAGAAGACCUUGUCAGCAAAGAUGGAGAAUGAGGCUUUAUUGUUUGAGAUACCAUGUGCUCCUCGGAAAGUUAGACUUUUCCUGGGUAACUUUUCCACGUUCAUGCAAAUAAUUAAAUAAUAAAAGAUGCUGGCCCUGA